UGAACUGUGAGUACAUGACAGUGGGGAAGCCUUUUCUGAAGAAGGGCUAUGGGAUAGCAGUGCAGAAGGGGACCAUUCUCAGGGAGGAGAUAUCCAAGAGUAUUCUGAAGUUGGAGGAGAGUGGGGUGAUGGAGAAGCUGAGGAAGAAGUGGUUUGUGAGGAGCAACAGUCACUGUCAAUCACAGCAGGACAGCACCUCCAACAACGACAGUGCCGCCAAAGGCAUUGAGUUGUCAAAUGUGGCUGGUAUAUUCUACGUCCUCAUUUUUGGAACCCUUCUUGCGUUCCUGGUCGGAAUAGCUGAAAUAUUCUGGCAAAGGAGAUCUAAAGCACAGCUGGAGUUCACACAAAGAUUCGUAGCGUAUGAACCACACAGGGAUGUUAUGUUCGGCCAAGAGCGCGAGAGGCCAACUGAGACGUCUGAGUGCAUACCUCACUCAUACCAAACCAACUCCAAAGGCGACAAAAUUGGCCGAAUUAACUACGAAGUGAAACUAGCCGAAAAUUACUCCUAUCAAAAUAUGUAUCAAAUUAUGAACCAUUAUGACGUAAGAGAAACCCUGGAAGGUUUGCCAGACGGCUGUACGUUACGACCGAAUGGAGAAAUAUUACUACCCCCCAGAUAUAAUAACUCAACUGGUCCGGAAAUAAUGUAUGAAUCAUCUGUAUCUUCAGGGCGCUCAAAUCGGCCCGGAAAGCAAAAACAAGGAAUAAUUUUGCAGCCAAGUUCGGACAACCCCUACAAAGCGGCAAUUGUCUAUUCAGUUCAAAAUGAUAACUGCUCAGCGGAUGACCUUGAAAGUAAUGUUUACCUAACAAGAGGUCAAGGUGAAAAAAGGUCAUCUAUUGAUUCGUUAAGCGCAGAAAGUUCGCCUGAAAAAGUCUCAGUUAAUGGAAUAUUCCAAAAUGGAAUGAUUAAUGCAGUUUCACCUAGAAUCAUGAGAUUUGAAGUCGCAGAUCCGAGCCAGAGUCAGAAUCAAAGUUUGAAAAAUAGGCGAACUGAUCUGGAAAGAACAAGACAGGGGUCGAAAGAAGCGACUGUUUAAU